AUGGAAUUGAAGAUUGCAGUAAAGGUCCCAGAGAACACCCACCUGACACUCCUGACGCGAGUGAUGAUUCAGACCCCCACGCCAACUCCAACCGCAGCCAUACCAUCCAAGCCAAUACCUUACACAGCGGCCACGCUAGACAAGCAGUAUGGUAGAUACCGCGAGAUGGUGAUACUUGUGACAGACGCAAGCAACGAAGCCGAAUCUACACACCAACAAAACGGGAAUUCAACCGAAAACCUCAUGGAGCCGGACUCUCAGCCGAUUCAUGGCUUGAUGGCGCCUAGUUCGAAACUUUUGUGUAGCCAUUGGUCAUGCGGCUGGAUGCUGUAUAGUCAUUACUGUCGACUUAAAAGCCUCAAACCUUAUAAGGUAGACAGACUACUGACUGGCAUCAUCAAUGUAAGGAGAAGCGGGAGAGAUAGCGAGGACAAACCGAGACUCUGGACCCGAAACCGGAGACUCGGAUUAAUGUAG